AUGGACUUCACCUUCGUCUGCCCCACGGAGAUUAUUGCAUUCAACGAUCGUGCUGAGGAGUUCAAGAAGAUAGGCUGUGAACUGAUUGCAUGCUCCUGUGACUCUCAGUACAGCCACCUGGCUUGGACCAAAGUUCCUCGCAAGGAGGGCGGCAUUGAAGGCAUGACCAUUCCCAUCCUCGCCGACAAGACAAUGUCGAUCGCGAAGAACUAUGGUGUGCUCUGCGAGUCGAAAGGAAUCUCCUUCAGAGGCCUCUUUAUUAUUGACGGCAAGGGAACUCUCCGACAGAUGACCGUUAACGACCUCCCGGUCGGUCGUUCUGUCGACGAAACAUUGAGACUGGUUGAGGCUUUCCAAUUCACCGACAUACACGGCGAGGUCUGUCCAGCUAACUGGCGCCCGGGUACGAAGACAAUCAAACCAACAACUGACGGGUCAAAAGCUUUCUUCGCUCAAGCUGGUGACCAUCACUAA